AUGGUCAGCCACAUCAACAACGUGCUGCGCGACGCGCCAGUGCUCUCUGGCGGGCCGAUGAAUCCGCUGGGCAACGACGUGCUGCACAAGGUGGCCGACGGCGAGCUGCUCGGCAGCCUGCUCGCCACCUCCGACCCCGACGCCCUCGACCUGCGCGCGCUCAACACCGCGCCGCUCGACGGCAGCGACCUCUCGCCCGAGGCGCAGCUCGAGAACCACACUCUGCUCGUCAACGCCGCCGCCUCGGUCGGCGCGGCGGUGCCGAUGAUCCACGAGACACAGCUGCUCUACGCGCCGCAGCACAAGCAGGUGGCGCUGCAGCAGGCGUACAACAUCAUCAAGCACGGGCUGCUCUCCAAGAUCAACGUGAUGACGCAGCCGCAUCUGGCGGCGCUGCUCGCGGACGGCGAGAAGCCGGGGCAGGUCCCGCCCGAGGCGCUGCUCUCGCGCUGGAUCAACAAGCACGUAGACGACUACCUGCGGCAGCACCCGCAGGACCGGCGGCGGCUGCCGACGGAGGUUGCGGUCAGCGAGACGCUCGACGGCGACAUCAGCACGCAGCUCGCGAUGGCGCUGCACCAAGUGGCCAAGGAGCCGAUGCUCUCCGUCGGCAACAGCAUCCUCCCCACCGCGCGCGCCAAGCAGGUCGUCGAUCACGCCAUCGCGGCGGCGGGACCCAAGAUCUUUGCUGUCGCGCCGAGCGAUUUGACGCAGCCGCGGCCCCGGAUGCAGCAGUGCUUCGUGGCCUCGGUGGUGGACGCCUUUGGCGACGGCGGCGAGGAGGGCGAGCUCGACACGUACGAGGAGGAGACCAACGACGCGGCCGAAGGGCGCGUCUUCAAGAACUGGGCGGCGUCGCUCGGCCUCAAGCUCAACAUGAAGGACCUGUACGCCGACUCGUGCACGGGCAUCGUGCUGCUCAAGGUGAUGGAGCGGCUGCAGCCGGGCUCCGUCGACUGGAGCAGGGUGAAGGGCUCGCCGAAGAAUCGGUACGAGAAGGGAGACAACUGCGAGUACGCCCUCGGCGUCGCGCGCAAGCUCGGUUGCAAGGUGGUCGGCAUCCAGGGCUCCGACAUCGCCGAGGGCAACGAGAAGCUGCUCCUCGCCGUGUGGUGGCAGCUGAUGCGCAAGGACCUGCUGCAGUUCCUCGACGAGCUCGACAUGGACUCGGCGCACGUGCUCGCGUGGGCCAAUGCCAGGGUGCUGUCGGCGGGCUGCGACGUCCAGCUCAGCAAGUUCGGCGACCCGGCCGUCAAGAGCGGCGUUUUCCUGCUCGAGCUGAUGAGGGCGGUGGCGCCGCUCGCCAUCCGCGAGGACCUCAUCAAGCCGGGGAUCACGGAGCUCGAGCGGCAGCUCAACGCCAAGCUCGCCAUCUCGACGGCGCACAAGAUGGGCGCACGCGUCUUCUGCGGCUGGCAGGAUAUCCUCGAGGCGCGGCCCAAGCUGGUGCUCUCGAUGAUCGCCGCCGUC